CUUCAAUGGCAAAGGAUUAAGAAUGGUAAACGGAUCGAGCGGAUUCCAGUUGAUCAUCGUCACGCUCUGCUUGAAAAUGCUCGAGUUCUUCGAAUCACUGAGGUGAAUAAGGAGGAGGAUGAGGCGGACUACCGAUGCACUGCAAUGCUUGGCGAUAUGACCGACAAUAUCACCAUUACACUCAAGGUUUCACGUGCUCCACGAAUUCAAGACUUGCCUGGCGUUCAACGUGUUCAAGGCGGACGCCAGAGUCUGACCUUCAGCUGUGCCACACAAAACCAUGCUGAUAAGCCCUGGUAUGCAUGGUGGCGCUUUCAGCCUGAGGGCUUCGACAAAGCCAUCGAUCUUCCACCCGAUGCUCCGUUGAAUCCUGGCGCCUUUCAAGUCUCGUACGCAGCAGAUUUGCAUCAAACAGAGCAUAGACCGCUUUCUGAGGGUCUACGACGUCAACUGCCCAAGUUUGUGCACUCAAGACCGAAUUCUGUGGUGCAUGUGAGAAUUGAACAAUUGAAUAAGCGACAACAUCAGGGCACGCUGACAUGCAAGAUUGUGAAUGAAGUGGGCUAUGAUGAACGACCUAUUCGAGUGACUUUUAUACGUACGGGAGACUUUAAGGAGUUGGACAGCUUGGCAGAAAGAACCGAGGGUCGGAUUUAUCAGGAGCCGAAUGGGACGUUGGUAAUUUCACAGGUUGAGGAAUCGGAUCCAAGGAAAUUUUUGUGCUUCCUUACACCGAAAGAAUCAACUACUGCCACUCCGAUCAGUGUAGCUGUCAAUCUGGAAAUUCACGGUAUGCUACUUACUUUACUACAAGAGUAG